AUGGCUCUCGACCGUGUUGUGCAGUUCAUCCUCCGCGGUGCCCAGCUGGUGUUCGCCGCCAUCGUCGCCGGUAUUACCGGCGCCUACCUACACGCAUCUCGCGCCUCAGACUGGGACAAUGGCCGCUUCAUCUACACCAUUGUGGUGGCCAGCUUGUCGCUGCUGUUCGCCCUGAUCUGGCUGUUCCCCUUCUCGGGUAGCUUCAUCCACUGGCCCAUGGACAUCUUCCUCAGCAUCCUUUGGUUCGUCGCCUUCGGCCUGCUUGUUAACCUCAUCGGCGAUGGCUGCGGCCCCAUCUUCGACUGGAGCAAUGUCAGCCCCCGUGGUGAUGCGUGCGGUCGCAACAAGGCCAACAUUGCCUUCUGCUUCCUGUCUGCCAUUGUCUGGCUCGCGGCCGCCCUCAUCGGCCUCUUCUGGGUCCGUCGCCGCACUGCCGUUGCCGACAACCGCCCUGUCCACCACGGCCGCCGCCGCUGGUACCGCUCUUCUCGCGUCUAA